AUGGUUCAACUCGCCACCUUCGCUAUUGCCUUCACCGCAGUCCUCUCUGGAUUCGCUUCUGCUAAGAGCUGCAAAAACGGUGGUGUCUACUGCGGAACGGCUCUCAUCCAAAGAGGUGAUUACCACGAUGACAUCGUCACUCAGCUAGCCGCCCACAGUCAGCCCACCGAUGAGACCCAUGUCCAACAGUCUCUGUUCGGCUGUGGUAAGGGCGGUCAAAUCACCUUCCGAGAGUACUGCAGCAAAGGCUGUGUCGGAGGUGACAAGAAGGACGACUACUGCUCCUAG